GUACAGUACCCAUCUCCACCAAGACGUCCCAUCAAGAAAAAAAUAAAUAAAAAAUUGACAUGGAAAACACACUGAAUCGGCAUUAUGAGGAGAAAGUGCGUCCCUGCAUUGACCUCAUCGACUCCCUGCGCUCCCUGGGUGUUGAGAAGGACUUGGCGCUGCCCGCUAUUGCGGUGAUUGGGGACCAAAGCUCCGGCAAGAGCUCAGUGCUGGAGGCGCUGUCCGGGGUGUCAUUGCCCAGAGGAAGUGGUAUUGUGACAAGAUGUCCUCUUGAGUUAAAGAUGAAAAGGAACAGAAAAGGAGAGGCUUGGCAAGGAUAUAUAAGCUACGCUGUAAAGACUGACCCUGGAGUGUGUCUUUACCAUGAAGAAUGCAUUGAGGAUCCUUCACAAGUGGAGGGCUACAUUGAGCAAGCCCAGAAUGAAAUGGCUGGGGUUGGAGUUGGGAUCAGUGAUGACCUCAUCAGCCUGGAAAUAUCCUCUCCUGAUGUCCCUGACCUCACACUCAUAGACCUGCCGGGUAUCGCCAGGGUGGCAGUGAAGGGACAACCUGAGAACAUUGGUGAACAGAUCAAGAGACUGAUACAGAAGUUCAUCAGAAAACAAGAAACAAUCAGCUUGGUGGUCGUCCCAUGCAACGUUGACAUAGCAACCACAGAGGCUUUGAAGAUGGCACAGGAAGUGGACGUCGCUGGAGAGAGGACAUUGGGCAUCCUGACCAAACCUGACCUGGUUGACAAAGGAACAGAAGAGACGGUGGUCAAAGUUUUGCAAAAUCAAGUCAUCCCCUUGAAGAAGGGCUACAUGAUGGUCAAGUGCAGGGGUCAGCAGGAGAUCAUAGAUCAGGUCUCAUUGAGCAAGGCCAAUGAAAGAGAGAAGGCCUUCUUUGAGGAACAUUCACACUUUAGUGCACUGCAUGAUGAUGGUAAAGCAUCCAUUCCCAAACUGGCAGAGAAACUGACUCUUGAGCUGGUUAAACACAUUGAGAAAUCCUUGCCUCAUUUGGAGGAACAAGUUGAAAGGAAAAUUAUAGAAAUACAAAAGGAGCUGAGCUGUUGUGGUAGCGGACCCCCGUCUGACGAAUCAGAAAGAAUCUAUUUCCUAAUUGAUAAAGUGACAGCAUUUAAUCAGGAUGCUAUCAGCCUCACAACUGGGGAAGAAACAAAGAGUGGAGGAAGGUCCGAUGUCUUUUCUGUGCUCAGAGAAGAGUUUAGCAAAUGGAAGGCCCAUCUAGACCAUUCUGGAGAAAACUUCAACAAGAAGAUUGAAAAAGAGGUGGCCGAAUAUGAAAAAAAGUACAGAGGAAGAGAACUGCCAGGCUUCAUUAACUACAAGACCUUUGAGGUCAUGGUGAAGGAGCAGAUCAGACUGCUUGAAGAGCCUGCUAUCAAGAAGCUCAAGGACAUAGCAGAUGUUGUGAAAAAAGGGUUCACUCAACUGGCUCAGGCGAGCUUUGUUGGAUUUCCCAACCUCAUCAAAACAGCUAAGACCAAUAUUGAAGCCAUCAGGAAGGAGAAGGAGUCUACAGCCGAAUCCAUGCUGAGAACCCAAUUCAAGAUGGAGCUGGUCGUUUACACACAGGACAGCACAUACAGCACCAAUUUAAAGAAGAGGAAGAGAGAAGAUGAUGACAUUUUGGGGCACUUGGCUCAUAUUUACAAUGACAACGGGGCCACCCUGAAAGAGAUGAUGAUACAUUUGAAAUCCUAUUACCAAAUUGCCAGUCAGCGUCUGGCCGACCAGAUCCCUCUGGUGAUCCGUUAUGUGAUGCUGCAGGAGUUUGCCUCUCAGCUUCAGAGGGAGAUGCUACAGAUACUGCAAGACAAGCAGAACAUGGAGUCUCUGCUUCAUGAGAACCAUGAUAUAAAUACCACGAGGAACAGUCUCCAGAAACGGCUGAAGUGCCUGACAAAGGCACACACUAUCUUGGCAGAGUUUUAGUGG